GCCAUUUUUGAUAUUCCUCAUAUUUUUAUUUCCAACAAUCAUAAUAAUUGAGAUUUAACAGCUAUACAUACACGGACCUAUAUAUCUCUCUAGUGAGAGAGAGCUGAAGAGAGAAUGCGAGCCGACAGCUAGUGCUUCCUCUACUCGCUCUGCUCUCUCACUCUGCAUUUCCAUCUUCCUUAGCAUUCUGUCCAGAUCGCCUGCGGACCCGAUCUGUGAUUAAUUGGCGGCAUUAUCUGGAUUGCACGUUUUUUUCAGGAGCGCAUUGCGCGGGGAUGUUAAAUUCAGAGUGAAGCUUUCAAUCCGGUUGAUUCUGAUUCACUACUCUUGACUGAGACUGAGUGACAAUGGAACCUGAAGCAGAAAUCAAGGGGAAGACCUUGAAGACUAUUGGCAGCCAGGUCUGUCAGAUCUGUGGGGAUGACGUGGGCUCGACUGCUGACCAUGAGCCAUUUGUUGCUUGCAAUGUCUGCGCAUUCCCGGUUUGCAGGCCUUGCUAUGAAUAUGAGAGGAAAGAUGGAAAUCAGUCUUGCCCUCAGUGCAAAACCAGAUACAAGAGACAUAAAGGGAGUCCUGCAAUUCAUGGUGACAGUGAGGAGGAUGGUGUUUCUGAUGAUGUCGCUGUUGAUGCCCAUUACUCUGAAACUCAAAGUGAGAAGCAGAAGAUUUCGGAGAGAAUGUUGAGCUGGCGUGUUAAUCAUUCGGGAGAAAGUAUUAAUGCCCCAAAGUAUGACAAGGAGGUCCCUCGAAACCACAUUCCAUUGCUUACGAAUGGAACGGAUAUUUCUGGGGAAUUGUCUGCUGCAUCACCUGGCCGCCUUUCAAUGGCAUCUCCACCUCCAGGAGGCAUUGGAAAACCCAGGAUCGUGGAUCCAGUGAGGGAGUUUGGAUCCCCGGGCUUAGGUAAUGUUGCCUGGAAAGAGAGAGUGGAUGGCUGGAAAAUGAAGCAGGAAAAGCCUGUUAUUCCAAUGACUACUAGCCAUCCUCCUUCAGAAAGAGGAGUAGGAGAUAUUGAUGCAAGCACUGAUAUUCUUGUUGAUGAUUCUCUACUGAAUGAUGAGGCCCGACAGCCCCUAGCAAGGAAGGUUUCUAUUCCGUCAUCAAGGAUAAACCCUUACAGGAUGGUUAUUGUAUUGCGGCUGGUGAUUCUGUGUAUUUUCUUGCACUACCGAAUAACAAACCCUGUACCCAAUGCAUAUCCAUUGUGGCUGAUUUCUGUGAUUUGUGAGAUUUGGUUUGCUAUAUCCUGGAUUCUGGAUCAGUUCCCAAAAUGGCUUCCUGUCAACCGUGAGACGUAUCUUGACAGACUUGCUCUGAGAUAUGACAGGGAAGGAGAGCCAUCACAAUUAGCUGCUGUUGACAUAUUUGUCAGUACUGUUGAUCCUCUGAAGGAGCCUCCUCUCGUUACAGCUAAUACUGUUUUGUCCAUUCUUGCGGUAGACUAUCCAGUGGACAAGGUUUCUUGCUAUGUUUCUGAUGAUGGGUCUGCCAUGUUGACAUUUGAAGCUCUAUCGGAGACAUCUGAAUUUGCAAGGAAAUGGGUUCCUUUCUGCAAAAGGUACAGUAUUGAGCCACGGGCUCCUGAAUGGUACUUUGCUCAGAAGAUUGACUACUUAAAAGAUAAAGUCCAGCCAUCUUUUGUGAAAGACCGUCGGGCUAUGAAGAGAGAAUAUGAAGAAUUCAAAAUUCGUAUCAAUGCUCUUGUAUCCAAGGCUCAGAAAGUUCCCGAGGAAGGUUGGGUUAUGCAAGACGGUACACCAUGGCCUGGAAAUAAUACAAGGGAUCACCCUGGAAUGAUUCAGGUUUUCUUGGGCCAAAGUGGAGGUCUUGACAGUGACGGUAAUGAGCUGCCUCGGUUAGUAUAUGUUUCUCGUGAGAAGCGUCCUGGUUUCCAGCAUCAUAAGAAAGCCGGUGCCAUGAAUUCACUUGUUCGUGUGUCAGCAGUUCUUACCAAUGGACCUUUCUUGUUGAAUCUCGAUUGUGAUCAUUACAUUAAUAACAGCAAGGCCUUGCGUGAAGCAAUGUGCUUUUUGAUGGAUCCGAAUCUCGGGAAAUAUGUUUGUUAUGUGCAAUUUCCACAGAGAUUUGAUGGUAUAGAUAGGAGUGAUCGAUAUGCCAAUCGUAACACUGUCUUCUUUGAUAUUAACUUGAGAGGUUUGGAUGGUAUUCAAGGCCCUGUAUAUGUGGGUACUGGAUGUGUCUUCAACAGAACAGCUUUGUAUGGUUAUGAACCUCCCCACAAACCUAAAAAUAAGAAACCCGGGAUGCUUUCUUCCUGCUUUGGUGGAUCAAGAAAGAAAAGUUCUAAAUCAAGUAAGAAGGGUUCAGAUAAGAAAAAGUCUAGCAAGCAUGUUGAUCCUACUGUUCCUAUCUUCAGCUUGGAGGAUAUAGAGGAGGGUGUUGAAGGUGCUGGAUUUGAUGAUGAAAAGUCAUUGCUCAUGUCCCAGAUGAGCCUGGAGAAAAGAUUUGGACAGUCAGCUGUUUUUGUUGCAUCAACCCUGAUGGAGAAUGGUGGCGUGCCUCAGUCUGCAACACCAGAGACUCUCCUGAAAGAGGCUAUUCAUGUCAUUAGCUGUGGCUAUGAAGAUAAGUCAGAAUGGGGAAGUGAGAUAGGAUGGAUCUAUGGUUCUGUCACAGAAGAUAUUCUUACAGGAUUUAAAAUGCACGCACGUGGCUGGCGAUCAAUUUACUGUAUGCCUCCAAGGGCAGCCUUCAAGGGAUCAGCUCCAAUUAAUCUUUCUGAUCGAUUGAAUCAAGUGCUUCGAUGGGCCUUAGGAUCUGUGGAGAUUCUGUUUAGCAGGCAUUGUCCAAUAUGGUAUGGAUACAAAGGAAGGCUAAAAUGGCUAGAGAGAUUCGCAUAUGUCAACACCACGAUUUACCCAAUUACUUCCAUUCCUCUGUUACUUUACUGCACAUUGCCAGCUGUCUGCUUGCUUACUGGGAAAUUCAUUAUCCCACAGAUUAGUAACCUCGCAAGUAUCUGGUUUCUUUCCCUCUUUCUCUCCAUCUUUGCCACUGGUAUACUGGAGAUGAGGUGGAGUGGUGUUGGAAUUGAUGAAUGGUGGAGGAACGAGCAGUUUUGGGUCAUUGGAGGUGUCUCGGCUCAUCUCUUUGCUGUAUUCCAAGGUCUGCUCAAAGUUCUUGCUGGAAUAGAUACGAAUUUCACAGUCACAUCUAAAGCUGGAGACGAAGAGGGAGAUUUUACUGAGCUCUACAUGUUCAAAUGGACAACUCUUCUGAUUCCUCCCACCACUCUUCUCAUCGUAAACUUGGUCGGAGUUGUUGCUGGGAUUUCCUAUGCAAUAAACAGCGGGUACCAAUCAUGGGGGCCGCUGUUUGGAAAAUUGUUCUUCGCCUUCUGGGUGAUUGUCCAUCUCUACCCCUUCCUCAAAGGUCUUAUGGGGAGGCAGAACCGCACCCCCACCAUUGUCGUGGUGUGGUCGAUUCUUCUAGCUUCGAUAUUCUCUUUGCUGUGGGUCAGAGUUGAUCCCUUCACCACUAGAGUCACUGGCCCAAAGGUCGAAGAGUGUGGAAUUAACUGCUAAUUUCGGCUUCUCAGAAGGGACUUUUUUGUCUGUGUGAUGUUUUUUUUUUUUUUUUUUUUUUUUUUUUUGUAGAAAGGGAAAGAUAAGAAAGCUAAAUUGUUUGGUAUACUUAUUGUAAGUUAAUGAAAUGUUUGUCCGUUGAAAUGUUAGAACAUGUAAGCUGUAAACCAUAUUUAUAAUGCAUUAGUUUAAUUUUUUUUCCA